AUGCACAGCUCAGGCAGAAAAUCCAUGUCUGAUAGUAUAUGUGGUGAUAUUAUGGAUGAUAACACACAGUAUAUAAGUGAAUUACUUAACAAGGGCAACGAAAUUCUAGUUACAGACAUCGCAAAUAUCCUAUCGUGUGAUUUGGAUGUGGCUAAGAGCCACCUAGAAUCGAUCAUUAGCACUAAAGAGAAACAAAUCGCUACAUUUUACGUGAUUAACUAUGUUGAAAAUGGAGUUUUCAUGUGCAAAAAGGUCGCAUACCAGUCACUUAAUGACUACCCUGGUGCCAAUCCUUCACUUUACAGCAUAAAGUUAAAAAAGCCUACUGAUUUAACUACUAGUAAUGAUAUUUUUGAGAAUUUGUUUCAGAAACUCGUGUCAGCCAAAUCAUCUGAUUCAAUCUAUAUUCCUAUUUCAUGUAAUAUCUCCGUCUGUGAUAUUUCCAUCAGAAAAUUAUCAUUAAUAGGAUCGGACGUUAUACCAAAUACCAGUAGUGGCACAUCAUUUGAUUUAUUCAACAGUAAAAAUCAAAAUAAGAUUGAUAUUAAAAAACCUAGACAAAAUGCUCCAUUUAAUACUAAUUCCAAUAAUUCAUUUCUUAAAAAUGAAACUAAGAUAUCAAAUAAUGCACAGUUUAACUGUGAAUUUCUGCCAAUUCCCGAAAAUGAAUGCAUUGAUAAAUCAAAUAAUGCAGAACAUACAAAGACUAAAAAUGGAUUUUUUGGUUUAAAUAACAAGCAAACAGUUAAUAAAACUAGUGUAAAACGCGAUUUUUCUACUAUAGAUUUUGAAAAUAAGAUUAAAAUAUCCCCAGUAAAGUCAGUUAAAUAUUCGAAACGUGUUAUUGAUUCACAACCUGAACAAAAUCUGUUUGAACAAUCAGAUGUUGAAUUAAACAGUAAUUGUAUUAGUAAUAAGGAUAAAGAUGGCACAAAUGGAGAUGAUUCCAUUGACUGCAAUACUCCUGAAUCCAAGAGAAUUAUCAUCAAUGAAAAGGUUCCAAAACAAUCUACUUAUGUCGAGAAUGGUUAUUUUGUAAUGGAAGACUAUGAAGAAAUUAUAAAAGUGGAGAAGGAGGUAAUGAUGCCUCAGAAAUCCGUGGCUAAUAUUGUAAAUUGCAAUGCUGAUAACGUAAAUAAGAAGAGGUCACAAGCUUCUAUAACUUCUUUUUUCAAAGUUUUAAAGAAAUAG